UCUUUAGCUUAAAAAAAAGGGAGCUUUUUUAUGAACCCGCGCUCUUACACAGAGACGCUGAUGAGAGCAGUUGAAGACGGUGGCGGCAUGGAGGACGAGGAGAUGGUGGUUCCGACGGCGGAAAGCGGCAGCAGAGGCUCCAAUGCUUCUUCAUCGGAGGAAUGUCCGUUCCGAUUGCUGCGAGACGCGAAGGCUUCGGCAGAGAGCAUCGUGGCGGAGAUGUUGUCUAUUAAGAGAGAUGGAAAACCCAAAUCGCUCCUCAGAGAACUCAUUUCUCAGAUGCUCCUUCAAUUCCUCAAUCUCCGUCAGAUAAAUCGUUCUAUACUGGUUGAGGAAGAACGUGUUAGAAGCGAAACUGAAAAUGCAAAGGUGCCUUUGGAGUCUACAACCCUGCAGCUUCACAAUCUGAUGUAUGAGAAGAGUUAUUAUGUCAAAGCAAUAAAGGCUUGCAAAGAAUUAACAACAAAAUAUCCUGAUAUUGAAUUGGUGUCCGAGGAAGAGUUUUUUCGUGAUGCGCCUGAAGAAGUCAAGGGCUGUGUUCUGUCAAAUCACAGUGCUCAUGAUCUGAUGCUUAAAAGGCUCAAUUUUGAGCUAUCCCAGCGCAAAAAGCUCUGUAAACUUCAUGAAAAACUAGAACAAAAGAAGAAAACCCUUUCGGAGACAAUUGCAAAGCGAAAGAAGUUUUUGUCAACACUCCCUUCAAAUUUCAAGCCCCUUAAGAAAGCUUCCUUACCAGUACAAAAUCAACUAGGCUUGGAGCAUACUAAGAAAAUAAAGAGGCAUCAUUCUGCGGAAUUGCUUCCACAACCUCUUUAUGUAAUUUUCUCACAGUUGUCAGCUCAAAAGGAAGCAUUUGGAGAAGCUAUUGAUCUGGAGAUUAUAGGAAGCGUGAAAGAUGCUCAAGCGUUAGCACAUCAUCAAGCUCUUAAGGACAAUGGUAUUUCCACAGGUUCCGAAUUGGAAGAUGAUGAACACAAUGAAGAUGCUCAGAGACCGGGCAAAAGGCUGAGGAGGGUUCAAGACAGAGAGAGUCUUGACCAGGCAGGAAUAUUUGAAGUUCAUCCACUUCAAAUUGUUCUCCAUGUUUAUGACAAUGAGGUUUCUGAACUGAAGUCUGCAAAACUCAUUACUCUGAAAUUCGAGUACAUAUUGCAGUUGAAUAUUAUAUGUGUUGGAACGGAAGAAUCCAACAAUGGUCCAGAGAAUGACAUUUUAUGCAAUUUAUUCCCUGACGACACUGGUUGCGAGCUUCCUCACCAGUCAGCCAAACUCUUUGUUGGGGAUUCCAUAAUGUUCAUUCGUGAUAGAACUUCCCGCCCUUACAAAUGGGCUCAACACCUUGCCGGAAUCAAUUUCUUGCCAGAGGUGUCUCCUCUGCUGCUGAUGAGCCGUGAAACUCAAGAGAACAGUGAUGCAGCCAAGGAUGAAGAUGUUAUAUCUGGCUUUUUGCCAAACCGCCAACACAUCCGAGUACAUACAAUUCUGCAGAGAAUUCGUUCAAGGAGAAAAACUCAGUUGGCUCUCUCCUGAGUCACUACUAUACUGUGCUUAUAGUUUUAGAAUAUGAAGGACUCUUCUGGGUAUUCAGUGAAGAAAUGCUUUCUAAUACUUAUUUAUUUUUAGUCCCACCUUUACUUUGGUUCCUACUUGUCCUUGGUGUAAAUUUUUGUAGUGUAUCUUGUAUGUGAAUUGUCUAACCCAGAGGAAUAAGUUUAAAAGGGUAUGUUGCAGGUCCACCCACAUUCUUGAUAAUAUGCUAGUGUUGUUUUUGGUAGAACUAUUCUUAAUUCUUACUAUUAUUUUGUUUUAGAAUCUACUUAAGUUGUAAAAUAAUGGUGUCCAGGCUUAUAGGUUAUAGCGAAAGAAAUAUUUAAUAUCAAGAAGGAGCAAGAGAAAGGAAAGUUCAUGA